GCAGUAGUAACAAUUAUCAAAUACGAACACAAACCAAAAUUUAGAGCCCGAAUUUCUGAUCCGUUUCACAUCUUCUUCUUCUUCUUCUUCUUCACAAUAUUAAAAACCCGAACUCCGUAUACUUCAACGAACCCAAACAGACACAGUGUGGGGUUUCUCAGUCCAGCAGCAACAACUAGGGUUUUACAAAACCCUAACACACAACACAAAACUCAGCUCAACUAUGGCUCGAUAUGCGAGAUCCUCUACGACGCGCCUACUCUACACCCUCUCUUCUUCCCCCAAAACGUCGCCGUCCCCAUCCCCAUCCCCAUCCCCAUCCCCAUCCCCAUCCCCGUGCUCGUCCCCCAGCACCGCCCUUCUCUUCGGGAACUUCCACUUGCGGCGGUUCUCCGCCGGCAGCGCCGCUCGUGUAAAGGAAGAUAAGGAGGCAUGGUGGAAGGAAUCGAUGGAUAAGCUGCGAAAUAUUGGUAUAUCGGCGCAUAUAGAUUCGGGGAAGACGACGCUUACGGAGCGAGUACUGUAUUACACGGGGAAGAUACAUGAGAUUCAUGAGGUUAGAGGGAAAGAUGGAGUCGGGGCCAAGAUGGAUUCGAUGGAUUUAGAGAGAGAAAAGGGGAUUACUAUACAGUCUGCAGCUACUUAUUGUACUUGGAAAGAUUAUCAGGUGAACAUAAUUGACACACCAGGCCAUGUUGAUUUCACCAUUGAAGUUGAGAGGGCUUUACGUGUCCUUGAUGGCGCCAUUCUCGUCCUUUGUAGUGUUGGCGGUGUGCAAAGUCAGUCGAUUACCGUUGAUAGGCAAAUGAGAAGAUAUGAGGUUCCAAGACUUGCUUUCAUUAACAAACUUGACCGAAUGGGAGCAGAUCCUUGGAAAGUUCUCAACCAAGCGAGAUCGAAGCUCCGACAUCAUAGUGCUGCAGUGCAAGUUCCGAUUGGGCUGGAAGAAGACUUUCAGGGUCUUGUUGACCUUGUGCAGUCAAAAGCUUAUUACUUUCGUGGUUCCAGUGGUGAAAAUAUCGUCGCUGAAGAAAUUCCUGCCAAUAUGGAGGCAUUAGUCGCAGAAAAGAGACGUGAACUGAUUGAAGUGGUUUCUGAGGCUGAUGACAAGCUUGCUGAAUUGUUUCUCACUGAUGAACCCAUAUCAUCAGCUGAGCUUGAGGAGGCGAUUCGCAGAGCUACUAUUGCACGAAAAUUUGUUCCUGUAUUCAUGGGUAGUGCAUUCAAGAACAAGGGAGUGCAACCACUUCUCGAUGGGGUGCUUAGUUAUUUGCCUUGUCCCACUGAAGUUAGUAACUAUGCUCUUGACCAGACCAAGAAAGAAGAGAAGGUUAUGUUAUCCGGAACUCCAGCUGGGCCUCUUGUUGCAUUGGCUUUUAAAUUGGAAGAAGGGCGUUUCGGUCAGUUGACAUAUUUAAGAAUCUAUGAAGGUAUCAUUCGGAAGGGUGAUUUUAUUAUAAACAUAAAUACAGGCAAGAAGAUUAAGGUUCCUCGCUUGGUCCGGAUGCAUUCAAAUGAGAUGGAGGACAUCCAAGAGGCACAUGCUGGGCAAAUAGUAGCUGUAUUUGGUGUAGAUUGUGCUUCAGGAGAUACUUUUACUGAUGGUAAAGUUAGAUACACGAUGACUUCUAUGAAUGUUCCUGAGCCAGUCAUGUCGUUAGCCGUUUCACCAGUUUCUAAAGAUUCUGGAGGACAAUUCUCAAAAGCUUUGAAUCGCUUUCAAAGAGAGGAUCCUACUUUCCGUGUUGGUUUGGAUGCUGAGAGUGGUCAGACAAUUAUUUCUGGAAUGGGAGAGCUGCAUUUAGACAUAUAUGUUGAACGCAUUCGUAGGGAGUACAAGGUUGAUGCAACUGUCGGAAAGCCUCGUGUUAACUUCAGAGAGACUGUUACUCAACGUGCUAACUUUGAUUAUUUACAUAAGAAGCAAUCUGGAGGGCAAGGUCAAUACGGAAGGGUAUGCGGGUAUAUUGAACCACUUCCACAUGAUGAUGAAGCUAAGUUUGAAUUUGAGAACAUGAUUAUAGGACAAACCAUACCUUCAAGUUUUAUCCCAGCAAUUGAGAAGGGUUUUAAAGAAGCUGCCAAUUCGGGUUCACUAAUAGGUUUUCCAGUCGAAAACGUUCGUAUUGUUUUAACUGAUGGUGCAGCCCAUGCUGUGGAUUCUAGUGAACUCGCAUUCAAGUUAGCUGCAAUAUAUGCUUUUAGACAGUGCUAUUCAGCAGCAAAACCUGUGAUAUUGGAACCUGUAAUGCUUGUGGAACUGAAAGUACCAACAGAAUUUCAGGGCGCUGUUACUGGUGAUAUCAACAAGAGAAAAGGUUUGAUUGUUGGAAAUGACCAGGAUGGAGAUGAUUCUGUAGUUACUGCUCAGGUCCCUCUCAACAAUAUGUUCGGUUACUCAACAGCUCUUCGUUCAAUGACACAGGGUAAAGGCGAGUUCACUAUGGAAUACAAGGAGCAUUCACCAGUUUCUCAGGAAGUGCAGAUGCAAUUAGUGAACACUUACAAACCCAAGAAGGCUGAAUAGUUGGGGUUUUAUUCGACGCCUGGCCUCUAUACUUUUUAAUAGCUACAUGUACCUUUCUUCCUAUUCUUCGUUCAUUUAAAGAUGGAUUUUUUCUUAUUUAUGAGGCAAAAAGUCCAAAUGUUUGGUCAAUAAGUUUUGGUAAGCUCAGAUAAUGUAAUUAACUAUUUAUUUGUAUUAUGAAUGAUGUAUGAAGCCACUGUAUUCCUUGGACAGUCAUGUAAACAAUUUUUGCUAUGAAGUGAGAAUCAAUUUUCAUUCU